AUGUGCUGAGGGACGGCGCCUGCUCCUGAGUCAGCAGUGGCGAGGAGGCGGGCGGCACCUUGCCGCCCGGCCCGGCCCCGCCGCGAUUUCCCGGCCCCCCAGCAUCGCUUCGGCUGCCAGCCUCCAGCGCCGAGCACCUGCCUGGAGAAAGGGGCUGUGGGGGUCUCUCCCUGUGCCGCUCCUCAGUAGGCUCGCUGCCGCGGCCUGGGCGCGGCCGCAGGUGCAAGCGUGGGUGGGGAAGGGGUGGAAAAUGGAGUCGACGCUGCUCUUGGGCACCGGCUGACUUGAGUUCCCGAGCUGAGCGUUUGGCAGCUGUCCCCGGUUCACCGGCGAGGCAGCGCAGCCUGGAGCCGACCGCGCUCCCGGUGUGAAGGCUCCGGGGAAGAAGUGCUCUGGCACGACUUGCUUUGUGGCCACAGCAGGAUACUAAACAAUAUUAGAGGAAACCGACAUUAAGACCUAUAAUUUCCACACAGCUGGUUGGAAAAGCAAUUGUCCACUGCCUUCCUGGUGCAGCAUGGCAUUUGAACUUGGUAUUCUCUGCCUGUUGCUGUGGACAAUAACAGGUUUCAGUUGUGAGCAAUGCAGAGAAGGAGCCACAUACUCAGGUGCAGUAAUAUCACCCAACUUAGAAACCACUAAAAUUGUGCGAGUUCCUCAUGCUACAUCAGUGUCUGACUGCAUCACAGCUUGUUGUGACCUCUCUGCUUGUGAUUUGUCCUGGAUGUUUGAGCGACGCUGUUACAUCGUGAACUGCCAGCGCAAAGAGAAUUGUGAACCUAAAAAAAUCGACACUGUAAAAUCCUAUCUUACUUUUGUGCUGAGGCCUUCUCAGAGGCCAGCCUCACUACUAGGAUUUGGGCAAGUGAUCCCAGGCAUGGUUCACUCUGUGGGCCUCCAGAUUGAGCCAUCUAAGGUGAGUAGCCUGAAGGAGCUGUCUCUGCUUGGCAAAGAUCCAAGCCUUGAGGAAAUACCUGAAUAUAUUGAUGAUUAUAAAGAGUUGGAGCAGAACCCCUUUCAGGUGAACGUCAAACAUGAGCAGAAGGAGAGCACAGAUUAUGCUGAGUGGGGCCUGAUGGUGGCAGAUGAAAAUGGCUUCAACUCUUCCGUGGAUGAUGAUAGAGAUAACCAGGAAGACUUUGCUGUAAAGAAAGGGAUGGCUGAGAAGGUGGAAAGACUUCUGAAUAAAACCAGCUCUGAACUGAACUCUGUUACUGAGCACUCCAUAGAGAGAUUGUCAUCCCUCCCAGAGAUUACACCAUUCCCUGGAAAGAUAUUUGAAAGUGAAGCAGCUGUUCAGCUACUUGCGCAACCUGCUGAUGCUUUGCCAAAAGAGGCUGCUACACCUUCUCCAUCUGCAGACAAACUGGAUUUCUCCCCAGGUGUGUCAGAGAAAAUACAGACUCCCACAGUGGCCCCUGAGAAUGCUACUGAAGGUGGGAUCACAUUAUUUCCUACUAGUACUGUGCCAUCUGAGCCCAUGCAGCACUUCACAGCACCCAGUGCUACUGCUAAAGCAGAUACAGUGAAAGAACUUGUUGUGUCUGCUGGAGAUAACAUACAAGUGAUGCUACCCAAAAACGAAGUGGAACUGAAUGCUUUUGUUGUCCCACCACCACCUACAGAAACAGCCUACACCUAUGAAUGGAGCUUAAUCAGUCACCCUACUGACUAUGGUGGUGAAAUGGAACACAGGCACAGCCAGACAUUGAAGCUGUCUCAUUUAUCAUUGGGACUUUAUGCCUUCAAAGUGACCGUUUCUGGUGAAAAUGCCUUUGGCGAAGGUUUUGUAAAUGUCACAGUCAAACCAGCACUCAGAGUAAACCAGCCACCUGUUGCCAUUGCUUCACCCAAAGUACAAGAGAUUUCUUUGCCUACAACUUCUACCUUCAUUGAUGGCAGUCAAAGUAUAGAUGAUAUGAAGAUAGUGAGUUACCACUGGGAGGAAAUUAAAGGUCCUUUGCGGGAGCAGAAGGCAUCUGCUGACACAGCUGUCUUGCACUUGUCUAACCUUGUCCCUGGAAACUACACUUUCAGACUCACAGUGAUUGAUUCAGACGGAGCAGCCAAUUCCACCAUUGCAUCUCUGACUGUCAACAAACCAGUGGAUUACCCACCUGUUGCUAAUGCAGGACCUAAUCAGGCAAUCACCUUGCCCCAGAACUUCAUCACACUGAACGGAAACCAGAGUAGUGAUGACCACGAAAUUGUCAGCUAUGAGUGGUCACUCAGUCCCAAAAGCAAAGGCAAGGUUGUAGCAAUGCAGGGAGUGCGGACGCCGUACCUCCAGUUAUCUGCAAUGCAGGAAGGAGAUUAUACCUUUCAGCUGACUGUCACAGACUCUGCAAGGCAGCGGUCCACAGCUGAGGUCACACUGAUUGUACAGCCUGAAAAUAACAGUCCUCCAGUAGCAGUGACUGGACCUGACAAGGAAUUGACUUUCCCGGUAGAAAGUACUAUCCUGGAUGGAAGCAAAAGCCAAGAUGACCAAGGCAUUGUCUUCUAUCAUUGGGAAAAUGUCAGUGGACCAAGCUCUGUGCAGAUGGAAAACAGUGACAAAGCAAUAGCAACUGUGACUGGUCUUCAGGUUGGCACCUAUCGCUUCAGACUGACUGUGAAAGACCAACAGGGCUUGAGUAGUGCCUCUGUGCUGUCGAUUACUGUGAAGGAAGAAAACAACAGUCCACCCCGAGCGCAUGCUGGUGGGAAGCAUGUUCUAGUGCUUCCAAAUAACUCUGUUACCUUGGAUGGCUCAAGGUCUGCUGAUGACCAGGGGAUUGUGUCAUAUUUGUGGAUUCGGGAUGGUCAAAGCCCUGCAGCUGGGGAUGUGAUCCACGGCUCAGAUCAUGAGGCAGUACUGCAGCUAACUAAUCUGGUGGAAGGAACCUAUACUUUUCACUUGAAAGUGACUGAUGCUAAAGGAGACUCAGAUAUUGAUUCAGCCACGGUUGAAGUGCGGCCUGAUCCCAAAAGGAGUGGUCUGGUGGAGCUGAUCCUGCAAGUUGGAGUGGGACAGCUGAGUGAACAGCAGAAGGACACCCUGGUGAGACAGCUGGCUGUGUUGCUGAACGUUUUGGAUUCAGAUAUCAAAGUUCAGAAGAUACAAGCAUAUUCAGAUAUAAGCACUGCAGUUGUGUUCUACGUGCAAAAUGGGCAUUCUUCCAAGGUGAUCAAGGCAUCAGACGUCUCACAAACUCUGCAUGUGCAGCUUCUGAAGGAGAAGGCUGACUUCCUGCUUUAUAAAGUCCUGAGGGUUGACACUGCUGCCUGCCUUUUAAAAUGCUCUGGACACGGACGCUGUGACCCCAUAACAAAGCGCUGCAUUUGCUACCAGCUGUGGAUGGAAAACUUGAUUCAUCGUUAUUUAAAUGAUGGAGAGAGUAAUUGUGAGUGGAGUAUACUCUAUGUGACUGUGUCUGUGUUUAUUUUUAUUGUGGUCAUGGUAGGGCUUGCCUGGUUCUGCAUCUACUGCUGCAAAAGCAGAAAGAGGACAAAGAUAAGAAAGAAAACAAAAUAUACUAUCCUAGAUAACAUAGAUGAGCAGGAAAGAAUGGAGCUGCGACCUAAAUAUGGUAUAAAACACAGAAGUACAGAACACAACUCCAGCCUGAUGGUCUCUGAGUCAGAGUUUGACAGUGAUCAGGACACAAUCUUCAGCAGAGAAAAGAUUGAAAGAGAGAAUCCUAAAACUCUCAUGAAUGGAUCCAUGAGAAAUGGAGUUUCCUUCAACUACAGUUCCAAAGACAGAUAAACUGAAUGAGGGUCAAAGUACAGAACAUGCUGGUACAACACAUCAGAAACAUGUUGGCCUAACUCUGUCUUUUUUUCAGAAAUGAAAGCUUUCUGAAAUAUCAACUAAUUGCAGAUGAAAGGAUAAAUUUCUGGCACAGUUAGGUGAAGGAAGCAUGAUCUGCUAACUCCUCUUGUCACUGUUUAUAAGAAUUAGGAAAAGCACAUCUUAUUUAUUUCAUUUUCCAUGCUGAAUGUUUGUCUGAACCUUGGAAGGACUUUUUCUCCUGUAUCACUGCUAUGGAACCAGGUAGGCUGUUAUGCUACUAAUGACAGUAACUGAAAUGCAUACACAUUUGUGUCCUGGAACCCAAAAGCAGCAACUGGAACAGGAAGCCUCUCAUGUUACAACCUGAUCUUCAAGCCCCUUAAUACUUUGCUCCAACCAGGACUUUCAUUUUGAAGCUGGCAUGAGACAGGAUGGUUUUGAAUAACAGCAGCAAAUAGUCAACUUAGCCCAUGACACCUGUGCUCCUGUUUGUGUCUUGGAGAAACAGUGUGCUUAUGAUGCUGACCUAAAACAGUGAAAGUCAUUAUAGGUUGUCCUGGUUUCACAGUCUGUCCUCCAAGUGAAUCCCACAGAUGCACAGAUGAGUAGGAAAAUAGCACUCAGAAAAUCACUGGGUUGAGAUCAGUUUAAUGAGUUGAUGUGAUGCACCAUUACCUUAGCCUGUUUUGCAGAAAAGAACAGCAAAAGCAGAAGUAGCAGCAGAAGCCAGCAAUAAAGCACCUCCCCCUCACCUCCUCAAGCAUGCAGCCAGCCCAGCAAAAAAGACCAACAUCCCAAAACUGGAAAAAGGAAGCCUCUGAACUCCAAGUCCCAUUGUUCCUUGCUCCAGCCAGUACUUUCAUUUUGAAACUGACAUGACAUCAGCAUGGUACUGAAUUCUCAUCAGCAGAUGCAGCUCAACCCAUGACAUAGAUAAAUUUCCUUCCAACUAUGGAUGACCACAGGCAGCUCCUUCAUUUUCAGUUUAGGUUUGGAACACAGAUCAUCUUUAGUGCACUGUAUUUCUCUGACUGUGCUUUCUGACAUUCUUUCCUAGAAUAAAGCUCAACAGGUGGAAAUGUUUUUGUUUUUAAAGGAAGUUUGCAAUUAGCAGUUGCACUUAAAUCACCUGUAAAGUAACACCAUGCAUCUGUGUCCCGUAGGAUGCAAUGUUUGCUGUAUUUGCAGUGUGGUACCUGCAGGGAAGUCCAAUCUUAGGUUGCUUCUGUAAUGAUGAAGGUACUUUGGUGCCCUGAAGUCAGCUGCACUCCACCAAGAAACAGCAGAAAGGACUAAGUGCAGUGCACCUUCAGGAGCAUUUUGAGCAUCCCAAAUAACCCUUUGCUUAGAGUACACUUUCAUGGAUUUCUGGACUUUUUAAGAGAGAACCCUCAGCUGAGAUGAAUUUUCAUCUGUCAUCAUCUUCACUGCUCGUGUAAAGAAUGCACCAAGCGCUUGUGUAGAGCAAUGUUUGUGGCAAACCCAUGUGGAACAGGAGCUUCAACACUCACCUUUGUUGUUAUGGAAACUGGUAUGGAAAAAGGUUUUAGUUUGAGCAGUAGAUUGUUUUACUCUUUCCUCUGUGGCUAUUCAGUGCUAGAUGUGUUUGCCCAAAGAGAUCUCUUCAGGUGUUUAAGAAGACUGGGUGUGUUGGACUUGUGAUGGUUGCAAUCUGGAUAAUUUUUUACAGCAUGCUUGUUAGGCUUUAAAGCCAUGCCCCCAGUGCUCUUUGUAAAAUCCCAAACUCAAGACCUGACUUGUAUACAUGAGCCUUACUUGUUGGGGCAUCUGUGUCAGUGUUUCUGUCUGGUCAUGUCAGUCUUUUCUGAGAGUCCUUUGGUGACAUGCUGGAGUGAUGGAGGAACGAUGAAAGAAAUGUUCCCCUGGGAGCUUUGCAGUGUGGGUGUCCGGCUGCAGGGAGUGCCUUCUCCUGGCACUUGUUCUGAUGUGAGGCAGUGAUUCUUAACUGCCAUGUGAACAGAGCAGUAAUUUGCUGAGCCAGAUAGUGGAGCUGAAGAAGGAGGUGGUAAGGUUGAGAAGAAUCAGAAAAUGUGAUAACAAAAUAGUUUGGUGGAAUCAUACCAUGCAAAGGCAGCAGGUGGAGGCUCUUCCAAAAGCAGAGAAUCCCCUUCCCUUCAUGUCACCAGGCAGAAGGAAGUGGCCUAAGGAGGGGAAUGGAUACAAGUCCCUGCUCGGGGAGGCAGGUGGACACCUUCUUGGUCUCCUUCCUCACUUUCCCAGUUAUCUGUACACAGCAGUUACAGAGCACUGGAAGUUUAACACCAGGAUUGAGAGGCCUCUGUGUCCUACACCUGUGAGGUGGAAGACAGAAGCUUAAAUGAAGAGGAUGAGUGGUGGCGAGUUCAUGGCCAUGGCAGGGGAAGAAGGGAGGAGUUCUGGUUGUUGGAGCCUCUCCUGGCAGGAACAGAGGGCCCAAUUUGCAGGAUUAACCCUCAUCAUAAGGAAGUCUGUAGUCUUGCUGGAGCCCAAAUCAGGUGUAUCACUAGACAACUCCCUAAAAAUGUUGUGUUGUCAUGGUCCAAACAGUGGUUUGUUAGUGUGAUCUCAAAGUGCACAACACAGGUAACCAUGCUGAGGGGGUUUACUUCAAUCAGCAAUUUAUUGUUUGGCUAUAAUAAGUAGAUAAGAGUGAGAGGAGAAAGAGGAAAAGUAAAGUGGAAGAAGGAAAAGGGGAAGAGGUCUACAGCUACCAACAAUGCAAGGGUCCCAAAGAUGUCUCUCUGGUCCCAGGGUCCAGUCCUGCUGGUCCUUCUGAUCUUGUAGCCUUCUUUGUUCUUGUUGUAAGACCUCUCCCUGUUGCUGAAAAGGAGAGCUCUCAUUGCUAAGGGGACAUCUUUUAUAUUCAACUUCACCCCUGCCAGUGACUGAGCUGCGUCACUCCUUGCCCCUCGUGCCUCUACAAGUAAGGUUUCCACCCAUGCUUGAGGAGUGGCCAAGGUGUGGUCUGGGCCUGAGGAGUUAUGCUCAGGGCAUGGUCUGCCUUGGGGGCAGGCAGCCUGAGGCCAGAAGAUGUGUUUUGAUAUUAUAAUGACAUUAUAAUGAGCAAAGUUCAUUUGAGUUCCUGGUUUGCUUAGCAACACCAGGGACAUCAGUCUCUUAUGACAGCAGUUUCAUUCUUUGUUCUGAGGUUAGAGGCUUAGACAGUGGAACUAUCUGUGAUAGGUGGCAAGUAUGGACCGUUGCUACCAAACUGGUUUCUUCCCAUGGAGGCCUGCCUCUGUACCAGAUUGCAUUGUGCAGGACCAGUAACUUAAUCAGUAAUUUACUAUGGGUUAGGGCACUGCAAAACUCUUGCUAAGAUGUUAGCCUGACAUUUAGUCAGGUCCUUGAAGUAAGGGGGUCCUGAUUCCUGAUGACUACGAUGAGACAUAAUGCUGUUCAAACCAAUCCUUAUAUGCAGUCACCAGACUAUUAUCCUUUGCUGAUCUUACAGGCAGGUGGGGAGGAAGCUGCAUCCCAUAGCCUGAAGAGAAUGAAGAGAGUUUUCAAGGCCUUGGGACAGUUGGUGAAAGAGUCUGAGGCACAAGUUAUUUUCUCUGAUUCCAGUACAUGGCCAAGAUAUGGAAAGGAGUAGAAGAAUCCAGUCUGUAAGUACCUGGCUCUGAGACUGGUGCUAUAGAUAGGGCUUUGGGUUCUUUGAUAAUGAUGGUUUAUAGGACACCAGGAUUGAUGGCAGCACAUGGGAAAGGCUACCUGGACCUGAGUAAGGCAUUUGACUCUGUCCCACGUGACAUCCUGGUCACCAAACUGGAAUAACAGUGAGUCCAGAGAAGGGCUACAAAGAUGAUCAGAAAUCUGAAACACCUCUGGUAUGAGGACAGGCUACAAGAGUUGGGGCUCUUCAGCCUGGAGAAGUCUUUGAGGAAACUUUGUAAUGGCCUUCCAGUAUCUGAAGAGGGCCUACAGGAAGGCUGGGGAGGGACUAUUUACAGGGUCUUGUAGUGACAGGACAAGGGGUAAUGGGUUCAAACUAGAUGUUAGGAAAGGGUUCUUUCCAGUGAGGGUGGUGAGACACUGGCACAGGUUGCCCAGGGAGGUUGUGGCUGGUCCCUCCCUGGAGAUGUUCGAGGCCAGGUUGGAUGAGGCCUUGAGCAACCUGUUCUAGUGGGAGGUGUCCCUGCCUGUGGUGAGGGGGUUGGAUUUUUGAGGUCACUUCCAACCUAAACCUUUCUGUGUUUCUAUGAUCUCGCAGCAGGGAAAGGAUUCUAGGGCAAGAACUAGCAGGGCCCAUUGACAGAGCUUUAAACUACAAUGAAGUGUGAUGGGGUUGUAGCUGGAUUUGCACCAGGAAGGCAGUGUUCUUGUAUUAAUGAAGACCAGAAGGCCUCCCACCCCACCAGGGCAGAAUCGUUGUGCUCAGCUCGCUCCCUGAAAUGCCUGCACACCAAUGCAUGCAGCAGGGGUAUGAUCUGGUGGCAAUUACAGAGAUGUGGUGGGACAGCUCUCCUGACUGGAAUGUGGUUGUGGAUGGCUACAUCUUGUUUAGAAAAGACAGGUCAACGAGGUGAGGUGGUGGAGUUGCUCUGUAUGUAAGGGAGCAUGUAUUGAGUUCUGUCCAGGAGUGUGGCAAGUUGAGAGUUAGUGUGUGUGAAUUAAGGGGCAGGCUAGCAUGACUGAUACAUUGUGGGUGCUUGGUACAGACCACCCAAUUAGGACAAGGAAGUUGAUGAAGCCUUCUACAGGCAGCUGACAGCAGCCUUGCAGUUACAGCCUCUGAUUCUCAUGGGGGAUUUUAACUACUUAGAUAUUUGCUGGAAGGGCUACUCAGCCAGCCAGAGUUCAGGAGGUUCCUCCAGUGCACUGAUGCUAACUUCUUGGUGCAAAUGGUGGAUGAGACAAUUAGGAGAGGAGGGCUACCAGACGUGAUAGCAACAAGAAGGGUCUGGUUGAAGCAGUGAGGGUUGAGGACAGCCUUGGCUGUAGUGAUCAUGAGAUGCUGGGAGUUCAGAUCUUGUGUGGUAGGAACAGAAUACCAAGCAGAAUCACAACCUUGGACUUCAUCAAGGCUGACUUUGGCAUUCUCAAGCAAUUGCUAGGGGAAAUCUCAAGGGACAGGUACUAGAAGGCAAAGGAGUCGGUGAUAUUUGGUUAAUAUUCAAAGGCCCCUUCUUCCAAGCUCAAGAUCAGAGCAUUCCAACAAGUAGGAAAUGGGGAAAUGGAGCCAGGAGACCCACAUGAUUAAGUAGGGAACCACUGAGCAAACUCAAGUGGAAGAUGAGGUUCUACAGCUCAUAGAAGGAGGGGCUGGCCACUUGGGAGAAAUAUAGGAUGCUUGCCAGAGGAUGUAGCGAGGUGACUAGGAAAGCUAAGACCUCCUUGGAAUUUAACCUUGCAAGGGAGAUCAAGAGCAACAGAAAGAGCUUCCUCAAACACACUGCAGGAAAAACUGACACUAGCAGCAAUAUAGGCCCAAUGCCGAAUGAGGUGGGUGCCUCGGUGACAGAGGGUAUAAACAAGGCAAAGCUACUAAAUGUCUUCUUUGUCUCCUGCUGGAGAUUUACCUUAGGAGCCCCAGACUGAGCAGAGGAUACGAGGUAUAGCUUGUCAUGUGUGAUUCAAAGUCCACAGGAAACAAAAAUUCAGUUUAAGCACUGGUAAGGUACUGAGUCUGUUUGAGGGCAGUGUGCCAGUACCUAGUGCCACAUAGCCUUGCUGGAUUCUCAUUUGCAUCUUGGUUUGACAUUUACAGAUGCUAAAGGAUGCACAAGUAGAGACUGUUCAGAAUGCAAAAUGACUGCCCUUGUCUGCAUUUUAAGUAAGGAGUCUAUGUUGGGAAAAAAAGUUCCUUACCAUAACUGCCUGAGGUAUUGAACACGUUCAGUAUUCAGCUUCAGUACUCAACACAGUCCAUAUGCAGCAUGAAACUGCCAUGCCACAAACAGGUUCAUUAGCCUGUGCUUUUCAUUUUCUUAACCAAAACACUUCUGCAAUACAAACCAAAAUUUACCUUAAUAAAUCUGCUGAGGUCCACAUCCAGCAUCUCUCUCCUAGUGUUCAGACUUUCCUACUAGCUGAGGAGGUUGCUAAGAAAGUCAAACAAAAUGUGAAUGGUCCAAUUCAAGAGGAUUGUUUAUCUUGGGAAAAGGGGGGCAAAAAUUAUUCUAGGUUCCUCUCUUGUUAGCGUUGUCCCUUUGAGUAAACAGAGUCUGAGCAUCCUCCCGAGGUGCAAUGUAUCAAAUACAGGUAGGGUUCAGGUGUCUGGUUUGUGCUUUUAGUUGUUUUGAUUGUAUGAUGCUACUUUUCUUUCUUUUGUGGGAAAACAGAAGAGUGCACACAUACAAGGAACUUAGUGUCAUGUGAACAGAGAGUGAGCACAUGCGUGUGUUCUUCAUGUGGAAUUUAAAACUUUCAUUGGUUCUGAUGUUCUCAUUGAGUUCAAAUAGGCAAAUUUCCUAUUCCUGCUUUCAAAGAAUCACAGAACGUUAGGGGUUAGAAGGGAUCUUGAAAGGUCAUCUUAGUUCAACCCUCCCUGGCAGAGCAGGUCACACAGGAACACAUCCCUGUGACUUUUGAGUCUCUCCAGAGGAAACUCCACAACGUUUCUGGGCAGCCUGUUCUAGUCUCUAAGCCUUAAGUGAAACUACUUUUGCUCAUCAGUAUACUGAUAAUGGACUGUAGUCAGCUAGACCUUUGGGAUGGUGUCAGUAAAAUGACAGCUACUUUAGUCUCCUGAGCCAUUUAUGUGAGGCUUAAGAAAGGUAAACAUUCCUAGAGGGAAGGGAAAUGGAUUGGUAGUGAAUUAGUUUCUUAUCACCAGUUAAUCAUUGAUCUCUGACUAGAAUAUUAACCCCUUACUUCUGCAGCAAAUGAGAACCCAUUUCACCUGCCUUUUAGGUCCUGAACUCCCUAAGGCAAGGGAAGGGAGGGAACCUUAAAGCUUAGAAAGAAAAAAAUUUAAAAGGAGAGAGAAAAAGGCAAACUCUUUCCUCUUUUGCAUAAGGUACAGAUCAUGUGCAGAUGUGCCACACAUCCAUAGUUUGUUUCUGUACAGGAGCACUUAGCUCCAUGGAUGGAUGGGUGAGCUAUUUACAGAAUUUGUAUUAUGAGUCUUUCUAGAAAGUGUUAUUUAUUGCAAAUGAUAAUGUAUUGUAGCUGGAACCAUUUCUGAGCUGAAUCUACUAAAUUUAUGUAUCUGUUAAUAAAGUUUUGUCUUUUCAUCUA